AUGUCGGAUCACUCAAAAACACAGACUAUUGUCUAUGGCCAAGACCAUAAUCUACAAAGUAUUGCCGUCACAACAUUAGCUCCACGCAAAGAUGGCUACUGGGUGAUCUUCAUCCACGGUGGUGCCUGGCGGGAUCCAGCGGUUACAUCAACCUCUUUCAGUGCAGCGGAAUCUAUACUUCGCGAAAGAGAUCUACCCAUUGCCGGAUUCGCCUCGAUCUCGUACCGACUCAGCGCUCACCCAAAUCACCCACAAGACUCAAAUACCGCCCCGAAGGAUUUCCAGAAUGCGAAACACCCUGACCACAUCACCGAUGUAGAGGCAGCGCUCUCAUUCCUCCAGAAUACAUACGGGUUCGGUACGCGAUACAUCCUGGUUGGCCACAGUUGCGGCGCAACGCUGGCCUUCCAAGCUGUGAUGGGCACGGUUUCUGGUCAUCGGGAACAGACCGUCGCUAUACCUGGCCCUUCCGGUUCCCUGCCAACUACAGCACCAGUGCAACCCACUGCCAUCGUCAGUGUGGCGGGUAUCUACGACCUGCGACUGCUGCGGGAUACGCAUGCUGACAUCUCGGCAUACCAGGAGUUUAUUGAGGGGGCCUUUGGGGCGGAUGAGAUGCUCUGGGAUGAAGUAUCGCCGGCGAAGGUGACUGGCUCUCGGGGAGUGGAAGGCGGGUGGAAUUCUGGAAGGUUGGUUGUCCUGGCGUAUUCUAAGGACGAUGGGUUGGUGGACGCGCCUCAGAUAGAGGUCAUGGAGAAGACCUUGAGGAACUGGGAGAAGGCAGAGGCACAGAUACCCGUGCAGGAAGCUUCAAAUUGUGAUAGACGGGUUCGCAUCUUAUCGAUCACCGGUGCUCAUGAUGAGGCAUGGGAGAACGGCGAGCAACUGGCUCGCGCGGUGACGUUUGCAUUCGAACAAUUGCAUGAAAUGGGACUGGCUCUGUAG